GUUUGUGACCGUACACGUAGAAGCCCAUCGACCGACCGACGGACAGGCAGCCAUUGUGGGCGGCCCCUGCGGUUGGUCUGACACAUGGGGAGAGUUUUCGGCGUGCCAACGCAGCCCUUCUACGGUCUAUAACAUACAUAGAUGUGAUGUGUGUAGACAAAUUAUAUGUUUGCAUCAUUCACUGCCUGAUGGAUGGACGAGUGCUCGAGUGUGUCCUGUCCUCACAAGACCUUAUGUGUGAGGACAACUGGACUGACCGAGGGCAGGCCCACACAAGUGUCUAUCGUCUUGAUUCGCACCCUGCAGACACACGACAGAAACAACCUUCACAAGACACAUGGCUGGGGACCCUGCUUACGCAGGAUGGCGCUGUAUGGCGGCCCGGGGAUCUGCAGCUGCGCCACCGUCCCGUUGGCAUCCCUCGCACGCACCCGCAUCACAAUCGGCCCAAAGGCUAUCGCUUCAGGCGUGCCCACCUUGCACCUGUACUUCCACUUAUUCUUGGCCACAUCAACCGCCAGCUCUGUCGGGAAGGGGUCCGUCACGAAGUGCUCGAUGUCGAUGUGCACCGAUGGGUCGGAUGACGGGCUGCCGUCGGUACCGGUGUCCAUGGUUAGUUGUACGAGACUGUUGCGCGACGAGGUGGCGUUGGCUCUGAGCAGGUGGCCGCUGACGCCGUGGUUGUAGAAGGCAGUGAACUUGGGGGGCGGGUAGAUGCAGCCGAGAGAGAGGCAAAGGGAGGGAGGCGGGAGACGAAGGAUGGCCAAAGCAGCGCCAACAGCACACAAAUGAGCCCGUUUCAUGCUUUUUUU